GAUGAUGAGCUCAAAUUAAGAGGCUAAAUGUUACAGAAGUGUUGAACAACUGCUCGGUCAUGAGCACCGACAGCAAUUCAUUGGCACGUGAAUUUCUGACUGACGUCAACCAGCUUUGCAAUGCUGUGGUCGGGAGGCGGGAAGCCGAGGCGGAGGCGGAGGCGGCGGAGGCGGCCCUAGGGCGCUACCUUGUCCACGGCCGAGGGUUUCUGUUGCUGACCCAGCUGAAUUCUGUCAUUGACCAGGCGCUAACAUGCAGAGAAGAACUCCUUACUCUUCUCCUGUCCCUCCUUCCGCUGGUAUGGAAGAUUCCUGUUCAGGAAGAAAAGGCCGCAGAGUUUAAUCUACCAUUCUCCAUUGAUAUAAUCCUGACCAAAGAAAAGAACUCAACUUUACAAAGAUCUACUCAGGAAAAAUCACAUUUAGAAGGAAGUGCCCCAUCCGGUCAGGUUUCUGCAAAAGUAAGUAUUGUUCGAAAAAGCAGACGGCAGCGGAAAAUUACCCAUCGCUAUUCUAUAAGAGAAGCGAGAAAGACACCGCUGUCCACCUCUGAUUCGGAGGCCAACUCGGACGAGAAGGGGGCGGCCAGGCACCGACGGCCCCGUCUGCUGCAGCACUUGGCGCCACAGCCUCCCCACGGAGACCCCCUGGUGGCAGCCCCUGACCACCUGGCAACCAGAGAAGAGCAGAGGCCUCCUGACGCCAUGGCGCUGGGACAGUCCAGGGAGAGAGUUCCAAGGCCAGGAUCAGACACUGACAUUUUGAGUGAGCCCGCUGCCUUGGCUGUCAUCAGCCACAUGAACAAUACACCCUUUGACCUAGGUCACGUCUUGCUGUCUUUGCUGGAGAAGGUUUGUGAGUUUGACAUCACCUUGAGUCGGGAUUCUGCCCUGGCAGCCAGUGUAGUGCCCACACUGACAGAGUUCCUCGCGGGCUUUGGGGACUGUUGCCAUCCGAGCGAUGCCCGGGGGAAUCCAGCGCUGUCUGCAGGUUGGACACAGGAGCCGGUGGCGCUGAUUCAGCGGAUGCUGUUUCGAACAGUGUUGCACCUCCUGUCCGUGGACGUGAGCACUGCGGAGGCGAUGCCGGAGAGUCUUAGGAAAAAUGUGACCGAAUUGCUUAGAGCAGCUUUAAAAAUUAGAACUUGCCUAGAAAAGCAGCCGGACCCUUUUGCACCAAGACAAAAGAAAACACUACAGGAAGUCCAGGAGGGCUUUGAGUUUUCAAAGUACCGCCACAGAGCCCUUCUUCUGCCUGAGCUUCUCCAAGGAGUUCUGCAGAUCCUGGCCCGCUGUCUUCAGAGCGCAGCCUCAAACCCCUUUUUCUUCAGUCAAGCCAUGGAUCUGGUGCAGGAAUUCAUUCGGCAUCAUGGGUUUAAUUUAUUCGAAACAGCCAUUCUUCAGAUGGAGUGGCUGGCCCUGAGAGAGGGCAGCCCUCCCGAGGCCUCAGAACAUCUGAGACUGUUAGUGGACAGUGUGAGCAGCAUCAUGGGCAUUGUCAAAAAGGUGAGAUCGGAGCAGCUUCACCAUUCCGUGUGUACGAGAAAGAGACACAGGCGGUGUGAAUACUCCCGCUUCAUGCACCACCACCGAGACCUCUCGGGCCUUCCAGCGUCAGCUCUUAAAAGCAGGGCUUGCUGCGACCUGCUCGAGGAGCCUGCGGGCGGCGGGAGCCCCCCUGUGCGGUGCUGCCUGGCCGAGUGUGUGCACCGCUGCCUGCGCCUGCUGCAGCGGGCCUCCCAGCGCGCCACCUGCCUCCGGGUGCUGUCCGCCGUGCGCAGCGUGGGGGUGUGCUGCUGCAUGGACCCCAGGGCGGUCAUCGCCCCUCUGCUCCACGCCUUUAAAUCGCCAGCGCUGAAAAAUUUCCAGCAGCACAUACUGAACGUCCUGAGCAAACUUAUUUUGGAUCAGCUGGGAGGUGCCGAGACACCACAGAGAAGUCUGCAAGCAGCUUGUAGCCUUUGUGGGGUGGGUGCUGACCAGCUGGCCAGACUCGAGGAGGCCCUGUGGGCAGGCGCGAGCAGCCUGCCCCAUGGAGCCUCCGAGGUCCUGCCCAGCAGCGCCCCUGGAGAUUUGUUUGGGAAGUGGGAUGCGUUGGAGGCUUACCAGAGCUUGGUGUUUGAAGACAGAUUUCACAGUAUGCAGGUUGCACACCACAUCUGCACUUUAAUGCAGAAGGGCAAUAUAGUUGUGCAGUGGAAACUGUAUCACUACAUACUUGACCCUGUGCUUCAAAGAGGAGUGGAGUUGGCACGUCACUGUCAGCACCCCCGUGGGGCGUCAGCUCCAACUCAGGCGCGCGGCCACCAGGACCAGAGUCUGCCGCAGGAGGUGCUUCGGGUUUACUUGAAGACUCUGCCUGCCCUGCUGAAGUCAAGGGUAAUAAGAGAUUUGUUUUUAAGUUGCAAUGGAGUAAAUCAAAUAAUUGAAUUAAAUUACUUAGAUGGCAUUCGAAGCCAUUCCUUAAAAGCAUUUGAAAGUCUGAUAAUCAACCUCGGGGAACAAAAGCCAGAGUCUGCGGGGGCAGGCACGGAUGGCUCAGACGCCGAGCGGAAGGAGCUGCCGCCCGCCAGCCCGGGCACUGUGUGCGGCAAGCACACUCCGGCACAGUCCCCUCAGAGUCUUCGCAGGUUUUAUGCGGGCCUCAGAGAGGCUUACCCAAAGAGACGGCGGCCCAUCGGCCAGGACGUUCACACCGAUACCAUAAACCUGUUCCUCUGUGUGGCUUUCUUAAGCGUGAGUGAAGAGGCAGCAGCCCCUGAAGGAGACUCAGCCAGCCGUUCCCAAGACCUCCCUGACUGCGACGUGGAGGUUGCUCCCGGGCCGCCCUGCGUGUCUCUCGGGAGCCUGGUCCUGCCCGGUCCUGAGCACAUGCACCGGGCAGCAGACAUUUGGUCCAUGUGUCGCUGGGUCUACAUGUGGAGUCCAGUUUUCCAGAAGCAGUUUUCCAGGCUUGGUGGUUCCCAGGUGUGCCACAGAUUAGUGCUCAUGAUAAUCCAGAGGCUGUUCAGGAGUCCCGAAGAGGACGGAGGCAGGAAGGCAGCAGCUGUGAGUGUGAAUGACAGCCAGGGCCUAAAGGUGACUCCUCAGCCCGGGAGCUGCGUGGCGGAAGACGUGUCGCCUUCCGCUCUGCAAAGUGACUCUCCACCAGUGGAAACGGGUGGUCGCAAAGGGACAGCUGCCGCUUGGGGCAGCGCAGCGCCGCGGCCUCCUUCCGUAACCGCAGACCAGACCUCCGUGGCUGAAGCUGCCCCCGGGGAAGCAGAGAUGUCGGCCAGCCCAGGCAGUGAGCCCUCACUCCAGAGCUUACGGCUUCUGGAAGCCCUCCUGGCCAUUUGUCUUCAGAGCGUCAGAGUCAGCCAGCAAAGGAUGGACUCGGAGUCACCUACCCAGAGCCUGACCGUGGGACACGUGCUGUCGCAGGUGAGGGAGCACCUUUCCCAGUCCAGGGCGGUGGAGACGGAGCUGGCCGUGCCCCUGCUGGACGCCCUGCUGCGCGUGGCCCUGGGGGCACACCCGGCAGGCCUGGAGCACGGCGGCGCUGCCGAGCAGAGUCAUCAGUCUGAAGAAGAAUUGUCCUCUCAGCCUGCUGAUUUUUCAGAAGAAACUGAGGAUCCUCAGUGGUGUGAUUUUAGACUUUUGGUUGAAGAGGAAGGUUAUGAAGCUGACGGUGAGAGCGACCCUGGGGACAGCGAAGCCUGGGAUGAUGGUGUGGACUUCGAGCGUGAGGCACUGGAUUCCAGCGCGGGAGGGAGCCCAGAUGGUCUACUUGAGACCCCCACUCAAGGGGAAAUAAGACACCCUGAGAUCUGUAUGCUGGAAUUAAGUUUACUUUCUACUAGUAAAGUCAACCUUGAUGUUCUUGCCCAUGUAUUUGAGAGUUUUUUGAAAAUCAUCAGGCAGAAAGAAAAGAACAUCUCUCUGCUGUUGCAACAGGGAACUGUGAAAACUCUUUUAGGAGGGUUCUUGAAUAUUUUAACACAAGCUGAUUCCAGUUUUCAAGAGUGCCAGAGAGUAUUGGUCGACCUGCUGGUAUCUUUGAUGAGUACAAGAACAUGUUCAGAAGAGCUAGCCCUUCUUCUGAGAAUAUUUCUGGAGAAAUCUCCGUGUAUAGAAACUCUUCUUCUGGGUCUCCUGAGAAUCAUUGAGAGUGACCCCACUGCGGGCCCGGCCCAAUGCCUGACCUUCCCCUUGCCGCAAGUCCCCAGCGCCACUGGGGCUGCCCUGGCGAGGAGCCCCGGGGCCGCGAGCGGUGAGGCCAGGGAGCUUCUAGGAAGAGCACGCGCUUCCCAGGGCCCGAAGGGGGCAGGCGGGGACAGCCCGCCCCAGCGGCCUCUCUCCUCCUGGCUCGUGGCCCCCGUCCACCUGCCGCUGCUGGGCCAGAGCUGCUGGCCACACCUGUCAGAAGGCUUCAGCGUGUCGCUGUGGUUUAACGUUGCACGCCCCCCCGGGGCCGCAAGGGGCACGGAGAGAGGCAGCCAGGCGAAGAGGAGCGGCGGCCGGCUCUCACGCGGCAGCAGCUCCGACGGCACAGAGAACAACACAUCAGAAGGUGCAGAGCAUGUAAACCCUGAUGAUAGACUCAUCGAAGGAGGCUGUAUUCAUAUGGUUUCACUGGGAUCCAGAGCACUGAUGAUCCAAGUGUGGACUGACCCCCAUAGUGCCACUUUCAUCUUUCGCGUGUGCAUGGAUGCAAACGAUGACACAAAAGCUAUUUUACUAGCACAGGUUGAGUCUCAGGAGAAUACCUUCCUCCCAAGCAAAUGGCAGCAUUUGGUGCUCACCUACUUCCAGCAGCCCCAAGGGAAGAAGAGUAUCCGUGGGAAAGUCUCCAUGUGGGUCUCUGGGCAUAGGAAACCUGAUGUCAUUUUGGAUUUUAUGCUUCCAAGAAAAACAAGUUCGUCACCUGACCACAAUAAAACGUUUUGUAUGAUCGGCCAUUGUUUACCGUCCCCAAGAUGCUUUCUGCCGCUGUCGGGGAAGUGGGACCUGGGAAGUUUGCUCCUCUUCAGUGGAGCUAAGAUCGGCCCGCAAGAGGCCUUUCACCUUUACGCUGGUGGGCCCAACCAUGCUUCUCUGAUGCCGUGCAAAUAUGGCACACCAGUGAUUGACUACUCCAAAUACAUUGAUAAAGAUAUUCUGCAGUGUGAGCAAAUCAGAGAACUGUUUAUGACCAAGAAAGAGGCGGACAUUGGUCUUCUAAUUGAAAGUCUUUCUGUUGUGUAUACAACUUACUGCCCGGCUCAGUACACUAUCUAUGAACCUGUUAUUAGACUUAAGAGCCAAACGAAAACCCACCUCUCUCAGAGACCCUUCAGCUCAAAAGACAUCCAGAGCAUCUCACUGGAAGCCCAGCACCUGAAGGAUCUCCAGCCAACUGAGUGCAAAACUGUUCAAGGCAUUCUGCAUGAGAUUGGUGGAACUGGUAUAUUUGUUUUUCUCUUUGCUAGGGUUGUGGAACUCAGUAACUGUGAAGAAAUUCAAGCACUGUCGCUGAGAGUUAUACUGUCAUUGGUUAAAUAUAACCAGCAGCGAAUACACGAGUUAGAAAAUUGCAAUGGACUCUCCAUGAUCCAUCAGGUGUUGACCAAACCAAAAUGCAUUGUCGGCUUUCACAUCCUAAAGACUCUUCUUGAAGGUUGCUGUGGUGAAGACAUUAUUCACAUUCAUGAGAAUGGAGACUUGAAACUGGAUGUUGAGUCUAAUGCUAUAAUCCACGAUGUCAAGCUGCUGGAGGAGAUACUGCUUGACUGGAAGAUCUGGAGUAAAGCAGAGCAAGGUGUUUGGGAAACUCUGCUGACAGCACUGGAGGUCCUCAUCAGAGCGGGCCACCAACACCAGACGUUUAACGUGAAGCAGCUGGCGAGAGCCCGCGUGGUCCACCACUUCCUGCUGACUUGCCAGGUCUUGCAGGAACACAGAGAAGGGCAGCUUACCUCCAUGCCCCGCGGGGUUUGUCAGUCAUUUGUGAAAAUCAUAGCAGAAGUCCUUGGAUCUCCUCCAGACUUGGAACUACUGACAGUGGUCUUCAAUUUCCUUUUAGCAGUUCACCCUCCCACUAAUACUUACGUUUGCCACAACCCUACAAACUUCUACUUUUCUUUGCACACAGAUGGGGAGAUCUUUCAGGAGAGAGUGCACUCGCUCGUGGACCUCAGGCGCUCUGGCAGUGGGGGCCCGCCGGCCGCCAGCCCUGGCUUGAGGGUGAUAAGCCCAUCCAGCUUCGCGGCUUCACUGCCUGAAGGAAACGGAGCCUCUGGGCCUGCUCCACAGCAGGGGGCUGCCAGCAGGCAGCGGUCCAGAAGCCUGCCAGUACUUCCUGCUGCUUCACCUCUAACACAGCAACAGAAACUGACUGGAAGUUUGGGCUGUAGUAUUGACAAGCUGCAAGGUGAUGCUGCUAUAUCCCAGUCAGAGAAACGGAACCUCUUGGACAGUUCUGAGACGCUAAGAAAAGGCAGAGAGGAUGCAUCCAUCAGUAGCUGUGAAUCUGCCAAAACCGUCUGUGAGGUGGAAGCUCUCCUUUCAGCCCAAACCCCCAUCAGUGGGGUCGCGAAAGGAACACUGGGGUUUCUGGAGGUCAGAGCGAAUCACACAGAGUUGGGAGCAGAGCCCAGAUCGGACAGCGACAGUCCUGGGGAAGAGCCCUGUCCACGCCGGCCUGAUGACCUGAAAGGGCUGCCCUCCUUACAGCCGGCUCGCGGCACCGGCGCGGGCCUGGGGCUGGCUUUUCCCUCGCAGAGUGGGUCUGCAGCCGCUGGCCGCUGGCCCAGUCUGGCUGACAGGAUCACUGAUGGUUGGGGAAACUUCACCUCUCCUCUCACGGAUGAGCCAGGCCGCCGCACUGAGGAUGCUCUCAGGGUCUCUGAGGACUGCCUGGUGCCCAUAUGCUGCGGGCUGUAUGAGCUCCUGAGUGGGGCCCUUCUCAUCCUGCCCGACGUCAUGCUUGAGGAUGUGAUGGACAAGCUGAUCCAGGCAGACACGCUUCUGGUCCUGGUUAACCACCCGUCACCGGCUGUCCAGCAAGGCGUCAUCAAAUUACUAGAUGCAUAUUUUAAUAGAGCAUCUAAGGAACAAAAAGAUAAAUUUCUGAAGAAUCGUGGCUUUUCCUUGCUAGCCAAUCAGUUGUAUCUUCAUCGAGGAACACAGGAAUUGUUAGAAUGCUUCAUGGAAAUGUUUUUUCGUCGACCUGUUGGCCUUGAUGAAGAGUUUGAUCUGGAAGAUGUAAAAAAUAUGGGGCUUUUUCAGAAGUGGUCCCUCAUCCCGAUUUUGGGGCUAAUAGAGACCUCACUAUGUGACAACGUGCUCCUGCACAACUCUCUGCUGCUGCUCCUCCAGCUCCUAAAUUCCUGCUCUAAGCUAGCAGAUAUGUUGCUGGACAACGGUCUGCUGUAUGUGCUGUGUAACACAGCAGCAGCCCUGAAUGGACUGGGAAGAAGCAUUCCCUUGAAUGAAUACACAUUGCUUGCUUGUGAUAUACAGCAACUUCUCAUAGCAGUUACAGUUCAUGCUUGCAGUUCCUCAGGCUCGCAGUAUUUUAGAGUCAUUGAGGACCUUAUUGUACUGCUCGGACACCUUCAAAACAGCAAAAACAAGAAGACACAAAAUAUGGCGGUUGUGCUGCAGCUUAGGGUACUUCAGGCUGCCAUGGAGUUUAUAAGAACCACUGCAAGUCACGACUCCGUAAACCUUACAGAUUCGUCCCAGGUGACUGCUGCUCCCCACCAUGCAACACUUCAGAAGGGGAAGAGCAUUGCUGGUCCUCGAAAAUUUUCCCUUGCUCAGACGGACUCUCUUCUGGUAAAAAUGCGUUCAGUAGCAAGUGAUGAACUCUAUAUGAUGAUGCAACGAAGAAUGAGCCAGGAGAAUCCCGUCCAAGCGACAGAAGCGGAGCUGGCCCAGAGACUACAGAGACUCGCCGUGUUGGCAGUGAACAGGAUUAUUUAUCUCGAAUUUAAUCCAGACAUUAUUGACAUUUUGAGUACUCCAGAAAAUGCAACUCAGUGCAAGACCUCGGCUUCCCAGAACGAAACUUUGGAAGAAAACACUCAUCAGGAACAACCUUUCAUUUUCAAUCCAUUUCAGAAAGAAAUGUUCACAUAUCUGGUAGAAGGAUUCAAAGUAUCUAUUGGUCCUAGUAAGGCUGGCGGGCCCAGGCAGCAGUGGAAGAAGAUCUUGUGCUCCUGCAAGGAGACCUUCCGUGUGCAGCUGGGCAGACUGCUGGUGCACACGCUGUCUCCGGUGCACCCUUCGCAUGAGAGAAAGCAAGUGCUUGACAUCGUUCGUGAACCAAAUCAUCAAGAAAUACUGCGAGAUUGCCUUAGCCCAUCACUGCAGCAUGGCGCCAAAUUAGCUUUGUAUUUGUCAGAAUUGAUACAUAAUCACCAGGAUGAACUGACUGAAGAAGAACUGGACACAGCAGACUUGCUUAUGAAUGCUUUAAAAUUAUGCGGUCAUAAGUGCAUUCCUGCUGGGGCAGCGGCGAAAGCAGAUCUUACUAAAUUGAUCAAAGAGGAACAAAAGAAAUACGAAGCCGAAGAAGAUAUGAAUAAAGCCAGCUGGCAGAAAACAGUUAAGAAUAAUCAACAAAGUCUCUUUCAGCGUCUCCAUUCAAAAUCGAAGGAAAUAUCCAAAAUAGCUGCAGAUGUCACCCAGGCAGUGUCUCUCUCCCAGGGAAUGGAGAGGAAGAAGGUGAUCCAGCAUAUCAGAGGGGCGUAUAAAGUGGGCUUGAGUGCCAGCAGGCACUGGCAGGAGCUCAUUCAGCAACUGACGCACGACAGAGCGGUCUGGUAUGACCCCACCUACUACCCAACGUCCUGGCAGCUGGACCCAACAGAAGGGCCCAACAGAGAGCGGCGGCGUCUGCAGAGGUGUUACUUAACCAUCCCCAAUAAGUAUCUCCUCAGGGACAGGCAAAAGCCAGAAGACGUGGUCAAACCACCCCUCUCUUACUUAUUUGAAGACAAAACUCAUUCUUCUCUCUCUUCUACUGUAAAAGACAAAGCUGCAAGUGAGUCUAUAAGAGUGAAUCGAAGAUGCGUCAGUGUAGCGCCAUCUCGAGAGACUGCCGGUGAGCUGUUGCUGGGCAAAUGUGGAAUGUAUUUUGUGGAAGAUAAUGCUUCUGACACCAUUGAAAGUUCGAACCUCCAGGGGGAGCUGGAGCCAGCCUCAUUUUCUUGGACAUACGAAGAGAUUAAAGAAGUUCACAAGCGCUGGUGGCAGUUGCGAGAUAACGCUGUAGAGAUCUUCCUGACCAAUGGCAGGACACUCCUGUUGGCCUUCGAUAACACCAAGGUGCGUGAUGAUGUGUACCACGGGGUGCUGACUAACGACCUCCCCAACCUCCUGGAGUACGGCAACAUCACCGCUCUGACGAACCUGUGGUACACUGGGCAAAUCACCAACUUUGAGUAUUUGACUCACUUAAACAAGCAUGCUGGCCGCUCCUUCAACGAUCUCAUGCAGUACCCAGUCUUCCCAUUUAUACUUGCGGACUACGUUAGCGAGACGCUUGACCUCGGCGACCCGUUAGUCUACAGAAGUCUCUCUAAGCCUAUAGCUGUUCAGCAUAAAGAAAAAGAAGACCGCUAUGUGGACACGUACAAGUACCUGGAGGAGGAGUACCGCAGAGGGGCCAGGGACGACGACCCGGUGCCCCCCGCGCGGCCCUACCACUACGGCUCACACUACUCCAACAGUGGCACCGUGCUGCACUUCCUGGUCAGGCUGCCCCCGUUCACCCACAUGUUCCUGGCCUAUCAAGAUCAAAGUUUUGACAUUCCAGACAGAACUUUUCAUUCUACAAAUACAACUUGGCGCCUUUCGUCUUUUGAAUCCAUGACUGAUGUGAAAGAACUUAUACCAGAGUUUUUCUACCUUCCAGAAUUUUUAGUUAACCGCGAAGGCUUUGACUUCGGUGUGCGUCAGAGUGGUGAGCGGGUUCAUCACGUCAGCCUGCCCCCGUGGGCACGGAGCGACCCCCGUCUCUUUAUCCUCAUCCACCGACAAGCUCUCGAGUCUGACUACGUGUCCCAGAACAUCAGCCAGUGGAUUGACUUGGUGUUUGGCUACAAGCAAAAAGGGAAGGCCUCAGUGCAAGCCAUCAAUGUCUUUCACCCUGCUACCUAUUUUGGCAUGGAUGUGUCUGCCGUCGAAGACCCAGUGCAGAGACGAGCCCUGGAAACCAUGAUCAAAACCUACGGGCAAACCCCGCGCCAGCUGUUCCAGUCGGCGCACGCCAGCAGGCCGGGGCCCCGCGCCAGCGUGGAGGGGGAGCUGCCUGCAGCCGUCGGCCUGCUCGUGCAGUUUGCAUUCAGGGACGCCCGGGAACAGGUCAAGGAAAUCACCUACCCGAGCCCUUUACCAUGGGUUAAAGGCCUGAAGUGGGGAGAGUUCGUCGGCUCCCCAAGCGCUCCAGUGCCUGUGGUCUGCUUCAGCCAGCCCCAUGGAGAGAGAUUUGGCUCUCUGCAGGCUCUGCCCACCAGAGCCAUCUGCGGCUUGUCCCAAAGUUUCUGUCUUCUGGUGACGUACAGCAAAGAACAAGGUGUGAGGAGCAUGAACAGUACCGACAUUCAGUGGUCAGCCAUCCUGAGCUGGGGCUACGCUGACAACAUCCUGAGGCUGAAGAGUAAGCAGAGUGAACCUCCGACCAACUUUAUACAGAGUUCACAGCAGUAUCAGGUGACCAGCUGUGCCUGGGUGCCUGACAGCUGCCAGCUGUUCACUGGGAGCAAGUGCGGGGUCGUCACAGCCUAUGCGAACAGGUUCACGGCCCACAUGCCAUCAGAGAUAGAAGUGGAGUCCCAGACGCAUCUAUACGGGCACACCGGGGAGGUGACCUGCUUGUCUGUCUGCAAGCCGUACAGUGUCCUGAUAAGUGCGAGCAGGGAUGGGACCUGCAUCAUCUGGGACUUGAACAGGCUGUGCUACGUACAGAGUCUAACAGGACACAAAAGUCCUGUCACGGCCGUCUCUGCCAGCGAGACCACAGGUGACAUUGCUACCGUGUGUGACUCAGCUGGUGGCGGCAGUGACCUCAGACUCUGGACAGUGAAUGGGGACCUUGUCGGGCACGUCCAUUGCAGAGAGAACAUUUGUUCAGUCGCCUUCUCUAACCAGCCUGAGGGAGUGUCUGUCAACGUGAUUGCCGGGGGGCUGGAGAAUGGGGUUGUAAGAUUAUGGAGUACCUGGGACCUGAAACCUGUACGAGAAAUUACAUUUCCUAAAUCAAAUAAGCCAAUUGUAAGCCUCACGUUUUCCUGUGACGGCCACCAUCUGUACACAGCCAACAGCGACGGGACCGUGACUGCCUGGUGUCGGAAGGAUCAGCAGCGCCUGAAACAGCCGAUGUUCUAUUCUUUCCUGAGCAGCUACGCGGCGGGGUGAAUGAGGAGAACUCUGCAUUCUCCAAAGCACUUUAAUUCUGAACUAGGUUUGUUGGCCAGUUUUAGGAGGUUGAACCUCAAGAAAUGGGUGACCAGAAAAGUCAUCCAAGUGAUGACAAAGUCCGUUCACCUGCUCAAAAUUCUGUAUUCUCCAGGCUCUGAGAGUUUUGUUAUAAUGUUUGAUGAUCUGGACAGUUCUGUUAGUAAUCUCUAACCAGCCAGACCUCAAGCUCACAUGCUAGAAUAAAAACAUCCUCAAGCUUUUUCCCUACGAGUCUGUUCAAAAGAAAAAAUUAGGGUCUCGCCUUUUUCUGUUGGCAAAGUAAUUAUUUAUAAAAAUACUCUUAAAAAUAACUAUAUUUUAGAAGUUGUAUGCCAAGAUACUACACCCCACGCCCAGAAGGACAAGAACGAAAACGGUGAUGAGCCCAGAUGGCAGUGACUGCACCCAGAAGUGGGUGAUCCGGCAGGUGCCUCUGUCCCGGCGCUCAGUGCUGUCGGGCGAAACACAGACCGCCAGCAACUUCGACAACAGGCGGAUUCCGCCAGUUGCCUUCUCAGCUCACAGUAGACUAGAAUGUUCUGACAGCCGCAAACAGGUAUUUUUUAUUUCAGACACAUUGUUUCUUGUUUCCUCAUAAAAAUCCUACUUAAAGCCCGCACCCCUAGGUAUCGCAUGUCUUCGAGUCACUCGGCAAUUGAAGCGCCGAGAUCAUUCUCUUGGUGUCUGCCAUCACAGCGCGUUGGCCACUCAACAUCCGCGCUGGAGAGCCUCUCGGUAGGCGACCGCACAGCCUCGCUCAGGGUGACGGGCUGGUCAGGGGCGAUGGACUGGCCACAAAAGAAGAGCAGGUGGCCUUGUUUCAAAACAGGAGGUGGACACUUCUCUGAGGGAACAGUUUCCACUCUGUUUCUCCUAACCUAGUACUCACCCCGGGAUCCUAGGAACAGAAAAAAUCAAGGUGAACCCCAAGCACAUUUACAUGCCGCCAACCCAGAACCCUAAAGCUCGGGCUGGUCUGUUCCCACCAUGGGGUUAUGCCUGUAUUUUUACUGGGUGCUGCUUUAUUGGCUCAAAAACCCUGUGAAACAGCUCAGUAAUAUGUUACGUGGGAUAAAAAUACGCACGCUCCUGCACUACGAACGUUUCAUUCAUACGGUGUUUACAGAACUACUUUGUGACUUCCAGACUUUCCAAAACAUUCUGCUUAAAAACGUCGACAACAAUUCCAAAGUCUCUGCUGUCGAGGUGAGUGGGAGGAAGCAGGCCACGCCCUGCUUAACCUGCUCCUGCCCCUCCUGAGCCCCCGCGGGUGCAGAGGUGACGUUGUCCUGUGCUCCUGAUGAGACCGCAGCUCUGUCUGGCCGCAUUUUUCUACAGAGAACUUUAAAUCAGUCCCUAUUAGCAUAGGGUUACUACUCAGUUUUUCUAAGGCCUAAUUUCGUCACUUACCUAGAGAGAAAAUAAGCAAAAUUACUGGUCUUGUUAAGAGUGCAAUAUUAUAUUUUUAUGUAAAAAUAAAAAUGGGGGAUUAUUUAUUCAGCAUGAGACUAUGUAAAUGUUCGAAACACCUCACAAAGCGCAUGUUGUAGCAAUUUCUGUAAAGUACCAUCAGCUCUUUGUAUACACUGCCACUUCAGACUGGGAAUAAAUUUCAUAAAAAUGG